AUGCACCUUCAGGUUGUUAGCACGCGACCAGACUACGUCGAGCGUUCAAACACAUCUAUCUCCACACACACUCUCGGGGCGCGCGCGCGCGAGCGCUCGCGCGCGAGGGAGGGCGUCAUGAGCUUCGCGGACACGCUCCGGAACCGCGCCGGGGCCGCGGGGAAGCCGACCCGCGCGCGCGAUCUCGCGCCCGGGAGAGGCGCGGACGACGACGACGACGACGACGACGACGACGACGACGACGACGCGCGCGACGACCGCGUCGGUGAUGAUCGACGCGGCGCGCGCGCCGACGCGAUCGCCAACCCCGCCGCCGCGCGUCGCGCCGACCGCGGCGUCAGCACGUGGCGCGACGUCGCGGGGAUCGAUCGCGAUCGCGGCGGCGGGACGCGCGACGACGACGAGAGCGACGCGGCGCGGCCGUCGACCGCGCGAUUCUCCACGGGCGCGCUCCGGCGCGUCGAGCGCGUGCGAUGCGCGGACCCGGACGCGGCGGCGGACGCGGCGAACGGCGGCGAGGCGGACGCGGACGCCGCCGACGCGGACGCCGCCGACGCGGGAGGAGGAGCGCGCGUUCGCGCGACGCUGCCGAUGGACUGGGCGCUCAAGUCGCGCGUCGCCUUCGCGUCGUCGGCGCCGUUUCGAUGCCUGGCCGCGCGCGCGGGCGACGGCGCCGGCGGCGACCGCGGCGUCCGCGCGUUCGCGUCCGGGCGCGCGCGCGACGCGUUUAACGCGGAGGAGAGGGAGAGCGCCGCGGCGACGAUCGCGAGGGCGUCGAUGACGUGGCAGCAUCCGUCCUCGCCGAUGGAGCCCGAGCUGGUAAGAGAGAUGCGCGCGACGGAGCGCGGGAGAGCGUUUCACGAGCGGCGCGUGGACGCGUGGUGCGUUCAAUACAAACGUUUUUCACCCAUCGCCCGGUUUCAACAUUUGAUCACAUCCCUUUUCAACUGA